AUGCGCUGCUGUGUCUUUCGUCAUCCGAUGACCUGCCUGUGCUCCUUCCUGGGCAGGGCACCCGCCUCUUCUGGCGGCCGCUGCCGUGGCUGCUGCUGCCGCGGGCCGCGCCCGCUUACUCGCCGGCGCAGCGCCAGGUUCAAGUACGAGGGCAAGAUGGAGAUGAAGAGCCUCUCCGCCAAGGUGGCGAAGUUCAUGCCCGACCACACCAUCAAGCUGACGAAGGAGAACGUAGACACCUUUCUCACGACGGAUCCUUCGAAGCCCAAGGUCGUCCUUUUCUCCAACAAGAAGUCCGUACCCCUGAUCUGGAAGGCGCUUUCCAGCGAGACCGUCUUCAAGCGCACUGUAAAGUUUGGCUUCGCCACGGAGGCAGACACCGACAUAGUCUCCAAGUUCAAGGCUCUGGGGGAAUCGUCAUCAUGCAGCGCGGGCAGAAGUCCGAGGUCAAGGACUGAGACGUACAAGGGAGAGCUGAAGUUCCUGGCGCUGAAGGACCGACUGGGUGAACCUGCAUUCCGAGUCCGGCAUGGGCGACAAGGCGCGCGGCCGGGAGGAGGAAUCGAUCGAGGAGGCGAAGCCCUGGCUCGUGCAGGAGGUGCCCGAGCUGACCGCCAAGUCGCACCAGGACGUCUGCUUCAAGGGGGACGGCCUGUGCGUCAUCUACCUCAAGGAGACGGAGAGGCGUCCCAACAGGAGAUCGACAUGCUGACAGGCCUGUCCAAGAAGUUCACCUCCCAGCUCAGCGACAGGGGGGCCAAGAUGAAGUGGAUGUGGAUGAACUUGGCCAUCGAGGGUACGUACAAGGAGCUCUUCGACCAGCCCGUCCUGCCCUCCGCGGUGGUGUUCAACCCGCACAAGAGGUUGCGCUUUGCCAAGAUGGAGCAUGGCGAGGUGGUGUUCAACCCGCACAAGAGGUUGCGCUUUGCCAAGAUGGAGCAUGGCGAGGACAACGAGAUCAAGGGCGACGAGGACAGCAUCACGAAGCUGCUCGACAAGGUCCUCGGCGGCGACGCCCGCUUCAAGAUCGUGCCCGGGCAGAAGCUGCCCGCCUGGGCGCAGCGGGGGGAGGCGCCGCCCAAGAAGGAGGGCAAGAAGGAGCUCUGACCGGUCCAAAGACCGCCGCCGCCGCCGCCGCCUCCCCGAUGAGCCCCCGGCGCGCGGGCCGCGCGCGGCGCCCCGCGCGGGCUCGGCGAGGGGUGGUGGGCUCGGCCGAGGGCCCCUGUCGGUCCACAUCGAACAUUACGUGGGGUGUACCGUAUGCCGCGGGUAGCCUCUCUCUGCGGCUCUGAGGCGACCGCGCCCGCCGUUUUCCGUGCUUCCUCGGCGCGCCGCGCUGCGCCAACGACGGACGCCGAGCGCACCUGCUGGGCCAUCCGGGCGCGCGCGUUGCACUUGGUCAUCAACCGUAGGCGCCAUUUGCAGCAGGUCCCGCUUGGAGGAAUGCAAAUCCCGAACCCGUCGAACUCCUCUUGGUGCUAGUCUGCAAGUCAAUCCCUCAUUGCGACAUGCAUGCAGCAGAUGUGUGCUCGUUUUCCGAUGCUCGUUUUCCGACGUGCCGCAGGGCACGCUUGCGGCCGUUUUGCCAGCGAAGGCGCACGAAGCCACUUCGCUGCGGCUGUGCCCCCACAGACCUGCUUAGCAUCAAUGGGCGCCGCAAUCGGCGGCGAUCCAUGUGAGGGAAGCAUUCGAUAGCAAC